CAACAGGAAACGACAGAUUUCUUGGCUUGCAAUGGAUGCUUUUGAUUAAUACCAGCCCCAAAAGUUAUGUUUUUACGCUUAUUAUAUAUUAGUGAAGCGCAUGAUUAGUUGGGAUAUUGCGAGUGUGUGAUGAUAAAAAUUGCACUCUGAUAUUACGGAUACUCUUAAAAAAUGUUCAGGAUAAUUCUCAUUCUUGCCCUUCUGGCAGCUGUACAAUGCGGAGGUGGAUCUGAAUCUGAAUCCAGCGAAUCUUCCAGCGAAACCCCUAGUGAAACCUCUACCUGUGAGGAUACUCCAAGCGAGCCACCACCCUGCCCGUGUAUCCCGCUCGACGUCGGCCAGUGUUGUGACGACUGUCAGUACUGUAAAGAUGAAAAUGCAAUAUGUGUCACAUACGGAUAUAGUAAAUUGUGCGUCUGCAAAACGUACUUCAUAUUCGACGAGGAAUCCAAGAAGUGCAUUCCUGGUGGACCCUUUCUUAACUUCGGCUUCGAUGGCGCGACACAGAACCAAACUAUGCAGGCCGUGGGACUCGCAAGGUUGACACCGAAGAAAACGGACGCCAGAGAUACGUUUUACUGGGAGUACUUCAAAUCUGACGAGGUUGCCCAAGCUUAUUGUGCUUCCAACUUAGAUUUCGGGUAUGCCUUAGCAUUAUGGCAAGAUUGCGACGUCAACGGUAGCACCGAACAAUCAUGUAAGAGCAUCUGUGCGAACUGGAAUAAAAAGUUCAGAAGAGUUAAGCGCAGCAAUCCGUAUUCUUGCUUCGACGCGCUGAAUAUAAUAAAAUACAUCUAUGCUGAUCCAACCCGGCCGGAUGUCAUCGAAUCCUUUAGUUAUGGAAAAUGGGGUUGCAACCCAAGAGCAUGGUGUUCAAACUACUGCUGCUGCGUUUUAUAGCGACGCUGAUCAGUUUAUUUCUUUAAUGAAACGGGCACUAAAGUGGACUUGAUAUAUAAUCGUAUGUCAACUGCUACUGACUGUUUAAAGAGUUUAGUGAUGUGAAUGAAUAAUAUCAGAAAUUAAAUGAAAUAAAAAAGUA